AUGAAGGCCUUAUUAGCCAUAGCAGCAGUUAAGAACUGGACCCUAGAGCAAUUGGAUGUAUCCAAUGCUUUCCUAAAUGGGGAUCUACAUGAGGAUGUAUAUAUGCAUGUGCCCCCUGGAAUUGAAUUACCACCGGGAAGUCCUAAGAGGAUGCCCUGCAAGCUAAAGAAGUCACUAUAUGGUCUUAAACAGGCCUCAAGGCAAUGGUUUGCCAAGUUAACUGGUUUUCUGUUGAGAAAUGGGUUUUAUCAAUCAUCCUCAGACUGUUCCAUGUUUACUAAGUGGGUUCAUGGAAGAAUUGUUGUACUACUUGUCUAUGUGGAUGAUAUUAUCCUAGCUGGUGAUGCUCAGAAGGACAUUGACCAGGUUAAGAGCUCUUUGAGUAAGGAAUUUAAGAUUAAGUUGCUUGGACCUUUAAGGUAUUUCUUGGGACUGGAAGUAAACAGGACAGCAAAAGGGUUGAUGGUCUGUCAAAGGAAGUAUUGUAUGGACUUGCUUGCUGAUACAGGAUACUUAAAUGCCAAAGGAUGCCAGUCACCAUCAGACCCAAAUAUCAAGCUAACAGCAACAGAAGGAACUUUACUUGAAGAUCCAGAACAAUACAGAAGAUUGAUUGGGAGGCUUCAUUACAUAACCAUAACAAGACCUGACUUGACAUAUUCUGUACAACAGUUAUGCCAAUUUCAGAAGAAGCCCUACUUAGGACACUUACAAGCAGCCUACAGAGUACUAAGAUAUCUCAAAUCCUGUCCAGACCAAGGUAUCUGCUACAGCAGUAAGGCAGACUUGAAGCUUGUGGGGUUCUGUGACUCAGACUGGGCCAGCUGCCAUGACACCAGAAGAUCAACAACAGGGUACUGCACUUUCCUUGGGAGUUCUCUUCUGACCUGGAAAACAAAGAAGCAAACAACAGUUUCCAGAUCAUCAUCUGAAGCAGAAUAA